AGGGGAGGGUGGGGGGGAGGAGGAGGUUGCAAAGGGGUCGACCCUCGCUGAGAAGACGAAGGAAGAGGAGGAGGAGACGGAGGAGGAGGAGGGAGGAGAGGAGGGAAGAGAGGAGACACAGGGAGCAGAGAACAAGCAGGGAGAGGGAGCAGAGGAGGAGGGAGAGAGAGAGCCGGCGGUUGAGAGCACGUCUUCAGCUGAGCCAGAGGAAGAAGAGUGCAUGAUCAUCGAGCCUUCACCUGGCACAGCACCCUCAGUGGCCAGAGAGGGAACUGCACCCCAGAGGAUUGAGGAGGAGCAGGGGGAGGAGGAGAGGGAACCUAGCUACCAUCACAUAGUAGCCAGCUCGCUCCUUCACCUCAGCCAAGUUCCUCACAACAACACAAACACAAACAACCGAGCCAGAAGCCCCAGCGGACAUGAACCUGUUGCCAUGGAGAUGGAGGCUGAUUUCACAUCAGCAAGAGAGGAGGAAGAGGACGAGGUGACAGAAGUGAAGGAAUUCAGAUGUUAUGUUCCGAGGGAGGAGCAUCCCCAGUAUCACCCUGUAAACAUUCAUCAACAGAGUGAAGAGGAGGAGGAGGAGAGGAGAGAAUCAGAGCAGCGUGACGUCCGGGAGGAAGAGGAGGAAGAGGAUGAAGAUGAGAUAAGAGAGGGGGAGGAGGGGGAGGAGGGGGACACCCCGCCCACCUCUGACAUCACCAGCAGCAUAGACACUCAGGGAUCAGACGCCAGUGCUAAUGACCACUCAGUCUGCCCACCGGGGGAGUCCCAUUGCACCCGUCUGCCAGAGAACUACAACUCCAACAAUUCCACACCACAGGAAGACUUUGACUCCCAUAACACCAGUCCACAAGAGAACUACAAUUCCCAUAGCCCUCUCGAGGACUACAGGCCCAAUAAGUCCAGUCAACGAGAGAACUACAUACCCCAUAGGUCUAGCCUGAUGGACUACAACUCCCACAGGGCCAGCCUGGUGGAAAAUUACAACCCCCACAAGGCCGGCUCCCCAGAGAACUACAACCCCCACAAGGCCAGCUUCCCAGAGAACUACAACCCCCACAAGGCCAGCUCCCCAGAGAACUACAACCCCCACAAGGCCCCUCCCCUGGACGUGAUCGAGGUGCGCUCUGAGGAGUCUGAGAACGAUGAUGAAGAUGGCGAUGAUGAGGACAGCCAGUCCCUGCGCUCCACCGACGACUCUGAGAUGUUUGACAUGUCGAGAGGGAACCUUGGUCUGCUGGAACAGGCCAUCGCCCUGAAGGCCCAGCAGGGGAGGGGAGGGCCUCGCGACCUGCUCCGACCCCCCACCGACCUCAGACCCCCCCCCGACCUCCGACCCCCCCAGCACCAACACUACUUCACCAUGGAGGACAGACCCAAACACUUGGAUGUUCUGCGCAAGAGCUUCUUCACCAGCAAAGAGAGCAGUCGACCCGAGAAGAGAGAAAUCAGGUGCCCCACCCCAGGGUGUGAUGGGACAGGUCAUGUGACCGGCCUCUACCCCCACCAUCGCAGCCUCUCAGGAUGUCCACACAAGGACAGGAUUCCCCCAGAGAUUCUGGCCAUGCAUGAGAACGUGCUGAAGUGUCCGACUCCUGGCUGCACCGGUCAGGGACACGUCAACAGCAACCGCAACACUCACCGCAGUCUGUCAGGCUGUCCAAUCGCUGCUGCCGACAAGCUUUCCAAGGGCAACGACAAGCAGUUGCUGCCUCAGCCAAUUGGAGAGCACCUCAAAGGAAGUCCAACCAAUGAGCGCAUACUGAGACCCAUGUGCUAUGUCAAGCAUGUGGAGGGGUCCCAGCUGGGUCCGUACCCCAGCCUGUCUCCCAGCAUGCCUAGCGUGGCUAGAGCUAACCUGGCCAGGGAGCUGGAGAAGUACUCCAAGGUCUCCUUCGACUACGCCAGCUUCGAUGUGCAGGUGUUUGGGAAACGCAUGCUGGCUCCAAAGAUGGCGGCCGGCGAAAGCUCACCGAAAGCCUUCAAAUCUAAACACUCGUUCCCUAAGUCCUCCUCCCCCAGCCUCAGCCUCCACAGUAGCUAUGGCAACAGGAACUCCUCCUACUCACACGAUGCCGAGGAGGCACACAUGGCCGCCACCGCCAUCUUGAAUCUGUCAACGCGCUGCUGGGAGCGUCCAGAGAACCUCAGCACACGCAGCACCCUUACGCACCCCAAGAAUGUGGACAUUGAGGUGGAUGAGAAUGGAACUCUGGACCUGAGCAUGAAGAAGCCUAUUAAACAUGAGGGCUCCAGUCCAGGUGUGCUCUCUCCUGACCCCUCCUCCUCCUCCCUCCUCCACCUGACCUCGCCUCUCCUAGGCCACACCCACAAGCAAGAGGAGUGGGAGGGGCCUCUGGACUACACUAAACCCAACCGCCAGAGAGAAGAGGACAUGGAGGAGAUGGAACACACAGGCCAGUCCUGUGCCUCGUCAGAUCCUGAGGACUGUGAGGCCUGGGAGGACAGGAAGUACCCUGGCGAUGUCACUUCCCCCAACUUCAAGAUCAAGUUCCAACCCAAGGACUGCAAGAAAGACCUGCUUCUGUGUCCCACCCCUGGUUGUGAUGGUAGUGGUCAUAUCACUGGAAACUACGCCUCCCAUCGCAGGUGCCCCACCCAAGGGUGUGACGGCUCCGGCCACAUCACCGGAAACUACGCCUCUCACAGGAGUUUGUCUGGCUGUCCGCGUGCCAAGAAAUGUGGAGUAAAAACCGCCCCCAGCAAGGACCCGGACGCCCCCGAGCUCUUAAAUAGAUGCCCGGUGCCUGGCUGUGACAGUCUGGGCCACAUCAGUGGGAAGUAUGCGACCCACCGCAGUGCAUAUGGCUGCCCCCUGGCGGCACGCCGGCAGAAGGAGGGUGUUCUGGGCGGAGCCCCGUUCAGCUGGAAGGCCUUCCGCGCUGAGGGCCCCAGCUGCCCCACACCCGCCUGCGACGGCUCCGGCCACGCCAACGGCAGCUUCCUCACGCACCGCAGCCUGUCCGGGUGUCCCAGAGCCUCCUUUUCUAAGAAGAAGAGCAAGUUCCCUGGAGAAGACUUCCACUGCACCAAGUCUAGGACCAGCGACGUCCUGGAUAAGGAUGAGGACAUCCAGCAGCUGAACAAAGAGAUAAACGACCUGAACGAGUCCAACUCUGAGGUGGAGGCAGACAUGGUUAACUUGCAGACACAGAUCUCGUCCAUGGAGCGCAGCCUGCAGAGCAUCGAGCAGGACAACAAGAUGAUGGAGGAGCAGAACGAGGCUCUGUUCCUGGAGCUGUCUGGUCUCAGCCACGCGCUCAUACACAGCCUGGCCCACAUCCGCCUGCCGCACCUGAAGGAGCCAAUCACCGAGCAGAACUUCGACCGCUACGUGUCGACGCUGACAGACAUGUACAGCAACAAGGAGCGCUUGCAGAGCCCAGAGAACAAGGCUCUGCUGGAGACCAUCAACCAGGCAGUCAAGGGCAUCAAGGUCUGA